ACAGCCUGCUGGUGCCUGUGAGCCCGUCCAGCACUGCCUGCUGGUAAUUCCACAGGGCCAGAGACUGUUCUGCCUACCACAGGGGCUCCGGCAGGCUAUGCAUAUAACCCAGCUCAAUCGGGAGUGCCUUUUACAUCUGUUUUCUUUUCUGGACAAAAAUAGUAGGAAAAGUUUAGCAAAAACAUGUCACAAGCUGCUAGAAGUGUUCCAGGAUCCGUUACUGUGGUCUCUCUUGAACUUCCAUUCUCCAGUGGAACUAAAGAAGGAUAAUUUCCUCCUGGGACCUGCUUUAAAAUACUUGUCCAUCUGCUGGUAUUCAGAGAGAGUCAAGGUGUGUAACAUUGAGGACUGGAUGAAAAACAGUUUCCAGAAAGACAUCUGUAACAGGCAUGAGAACACUGUCACUGACUUUUUACUAGAAGUUUGCAACAGGUGUCCAAACCUGCUGUCUCUGACCCUCUCAGGCUGUGGCCAUGUUACAGAUGACUGCAUCCUCCUGCUUCUCAAGAGCUGCCCAAACCUCAGGAUACUCAAACUGGAAAACUGUGUGCGGAUCACCGACCAGACCCUGGAAGCAGUAACCCUCUAUGGGAGCUCGCUGCAAACGCUCCACGUGGAUUUCUGCCGGAACAUAACACAAACUGGUCUAGAGAGAGUCAGGGAAAAGUGCCCUUCUGUAACGCUGAGAGCAGAGAGGAGCGCUAACAUGAUCCCAGACAAUAAGCCAGGGAAAAAGGUGAUGCUUGAAAAAGCAUCAAGAAAAUUGGUUCAGCUUUAAAUGCAACGAACGGUGUAAUGU